GUGCCAGUGGUCCGAUUUUGCUCAUUUUCUAAAGCAACCUUCCUAUGGUGCCAAGAAAUAAGUGUGCCAAGUUUCAUCAAGAUAUCUUAAUUUUUACUCAAGUUACAGCUUGCACAGACGGACGGACGGACAGACAGACAUCUGGAUUUGAACUCCACUCUUCACCCUGAUCACUUUGGUAUAUAUAACCCUAUAUCUAACUCGUUUCGUUUUGGGUGUUACAAACAACCGUUAUGUGAACGAAACUAUAAUACUCUCUUUAGCAACAUUUGUUGCGAGAGUAUAAAAAUGCAGUUCAAUCCAUCCAGGAAUAAAAUUCAGGUAAACACUUGACAUUUAUUAUUUAUGACACAAACAGACAUGAUUCAAUUUAACGGGUGAUUUUUUUGAGGUUAGGAUUUUCAUGCAUUAGUAUUUGACAGAUCACGUGGGAUUUCAGACAUGGUGUCAAAGAGAAAGAUGCUCAGUAUGCUUUGACAUUUCAUCAUGAAUAGACUUACUAACGAGCAACGCUUGCAAAUCAUUGAAUUUUAUUACCAAAAUCAGUGUUCGGUUCGAAAUGUUUUUAUCGACAAAUUUUGUUCAGCGAUGAGGCUCAUUUCUGGUUGAAUGGCUACGUAAAUAAGCAAAAUUGCCGCAUUUGGGGUGAAGAGCAACCAGAAGCCGUUCAAGAACUGCCCAUGCAUCCCGAAAAAUGCACUGUUUGGUGUGGUUUGUACGCUGGUGGAAUCAUUGGACCGUAUUUUUUCAAAGAUGCUGUUGGACGCAACGUUACGGUGAAUGGCGAUCGCUAUCGUUCGAUGCUAACAAACUUUUUGUUGCCAAAAAUGGAAGAACUGAACUUGGUUGACAUGUGGUUUCAACAAGAUGGCGCUACAUGCCACACAGCUCGCGAUUCUAUGGCCAUUUUGAGGGAAAACUUCGGAGAACAAUUCAUCUCAAGAAAUGGACCCGUAAGUUGGCCACCAAGAUCAUGCGAUUUAACGCCUUUAGACUAUUUUUUGUGGGGCUACGUCAAGUCUAAAGUCUACAGAAAUAAGCCAGCAACUAUUCCAGCUUUGGAAGACAACAUUUCCGAAGAAAUUCGGGCUAUUCCGGCCGAAAUGCUCGAAAAAGUUGCCCAAAAUUGGACUUUCCGAAUGGACCACCUAAGACGCAGCCGCGGUCAACAUUUAAAUGAAAUUAUCUUCAAAAAGUAAAUGUCAUGAAUCUAACGUUUCAAAUAAA